AUUUAUAAAGAAGUGAAACUCAGACACUCGUUGUGACUGCGAGGUGAAAUGGCGCAGCAAGGAGUUCAGCUGGACCGAGAAACCUUCUCUUGUUCGAUCUGUCUGGAUCUACUGAAGGAUCCGGUGACUAUUCCCUGUGGACACAGCUACUGCAUGAACUGUAUUAAAAGCUUCUGGGAUGGAGAAGAUGAGAAGGAAAUCCACAGCUGCCCUCAGUGUAGGCAGACCUUCACACCGAGGCCUGUCCUGGUGAAAAACACCAUGUUAGCAGUUUUAGUGGAAGAACUGAAGAAGACUGGACUCCAAGCUGCUCCUGCUGAUCUCUGCUAUGCUGGACCUGAAGAUGUGUCCUGUGAUGUCUGCACUGGGAGAAAACUGAAAGCCUUCAAGUCCUGUCUGGUCUGUUUGGUUUCUUACUGUGAGAAACACCUUCAACCUCACUUUGAUGCAGCUCCAUUAAAGAAACACAAGCUGGUGGACCCCUCCAAGAAGCUCCAGGAGAACAUCUGCUCUCGUCAUGAUGAGGCGAUGAAGAUGUUCUGCCGUACUGAUCAGCAGUGUAUCUGUUAUCUCUGCUCUGUGGAGGAACAUAAAGGCCACGACACAGUCUCAGCUGCAGCAGAAAGGACUGAGAGGCAGAGAGAGCUCGAGGUGAGUCGACAAAACAUCCAGCAGAGAAUCCAGGACAGAGAGAAAGAUGUGAAGGAGCUUCAACAGCAGGUGGAGGCUAUCAAUCGCUCUGCUGAUGAAGCAGUGGAGGACAGUGAGAAGAUCUUCACUGAGCUGAUCCUUCUCAUCCAGAAAAGAAGCUCUGAUGUGAAGCAGCAGGUCAGAUCCCAGCAGGAAACUGAAGUGAGUCGAGUCAAAGAGCUUCAGGAGAAGAUGGAGCAGGAGAUCACUGAGCUGAAGAGGAAAGAUGCUGAGAUGAAGAAGCUGUCACACACAGAGGACCACAACCAGUUUCUACACAACUACCCCUCACUGUCAGCACUCAGUGAAUCUACAUCCAGCAUCAAUAUCCGUCCUCUGAGGUCCUCUGUCCUCCAGAGUUGGAGUGUAUCUGGAUCACAGUGCAGGUAUUCUGUCCUUCUACAGCGUCUCUGAAACCAUGACUCUCCUCCACAGAGUCCAGACCACAUUCACUCAGCCUCUCUAUGCUGGACUUGGGUUUUAUUCUGGACUUUGGUUUUCAGAUUUUGUAGGCGAAGCUGAGUUCUGUAAACUCAGAUAAUCAGAAGUCAUCUAAGUUUAAUCCAUAAACAUCAUGUUUUUGUUGUGGAAAGCUGAUUGAUCACCCGUCAAUCAAACAUUGUGGGCGGUACUUUGACAUCUUCUCAUUAUUUGUUCUGUAAAUGUUUGAGUUUCUUUAGUUGGAGCUCCUUCCUGUGUCUGUUUAACCAUGGAGGCUAUCACUGCUCAUGAUGAUAUUUGACAUUUCUCUGUAUGAAAAUAUAAACUUCAGUUUGCUCUAAAUGUUUGUUGAAUAUUUGUAUUGAUGUAUUUGUUGUUGUUUAUCUUCCAAUCUCACUUUGUUCUGUAAGUACAAAUGUUUGUGGAAAAGAAAAAACAAUUGUCAGAGGACCGAACCUGCUGGAGACAUUUCUGUGAGUUUCAAUCAUUAUCACAUUUUUUGGGACUUUACAAUGUAGUUAAUUCCUUUUGGUGGGACAUAUAUAAGGUUGUAAAGGGUUAAUAUUAAUAUUAUACUGGUUUGACGUACUAUACCUUAGUUACCUGUAAACAUGACUUAAGUAAGAUAUAAUUCAAUAUAAUGUAUUUGUUUAAAAAGAAAAAAAAACUGUAUUGAAAUGUAUUUAUGUAAUGGAAAAACUGACCAUCAGUCAUAUUGGGUUAUAACUGUUAGUGCCAUUGAACCCUGCUUGUUGAUUUUAUAAUUUCUUUGUUGUUGUUUUUGUUG